UCUUAGUACUCAUCUGGUAAGCCGCAUUUACAACGAGGAAUCAACCGUCCUCUCACAGCAAAAAGCCCCUGGCGUAUUUGCAGGUAGAUAAACGGGAAGAGUGGCAGCACGGUGGAGUAUUGAGAGGAUUAAUAAUCACAAUAAUUACCUAAGGUAGUUAACUAGACCCACAGCCUAGUGUCUAUCGCCGCUCUUAUCCCCGGCACCACUUUUUUCGAAAGUCUCAGUCAGUGCCAGUUUAUCGGACUGACGGGAAAUCGAGUUAAGUACAACUUCUGCAUCUCGUGUGGUGGUGUUGGUGAAAAUAGGGGAUUUGGAAAAAGUCGUUCUUUGACUCGCAAUUUUCUCUGGAUUGUACAGUACUUUGUUCCCUGUUAACGCUUUCGUCCCAUACCGCCGCGAUAGUCCGCCAUAAUGAGCGCAUCUAAAAACGGGGAACCCUCGAGCAGGCCUCGUAUCGACGAGUCAACUCCUCUGUUGAAACCAGACAAGUCGCGUAAAUACGCAAGUUCAGAAAACCAUGCAGAGGCUGGGUCAUCAUCCUUCGGAGCGGACGAUGAGUCCGCGCCCCUGAACCUAGCAAAGGUCCCUUCCAUUCCACAGGGACUCGACCCUGAACCGGGAAUCGAGGGCAUGUCGCUGCCAGGACCGGUAGUCUCCGAAGAAAAUGGUGAUGGGACAGAACCUACUGGUUACGCAGCGAGAUUUAACAAUGUCACGCCAACCAGAUUUUGGUUGAUAUUCGGGGGUAUUCAAUUGGGAUACAUUGUUAGUCUCUUUGAUUCGACGUUGAUGGCGUCGAGUCAUCCAGUUAUCACAUCUUAUUUCCAUGCUUCCGACUCUGCUGCAUGGCUCACGACGUCGUUCUUACUCACAUCGACUGCUUUCAUGCCUCUAUUUGGUCGCGUCUCGGAUACUUUUGGCAGAAGACCGGUGUAUCUCUUUUCGAUCUUUGUCUUCCUGGUGACGACUGCGUGGUGCGCCCUUGCCCAGAGCAUCCAAAGCUUCAUUGCAGCCAGAGCUUUCUGUGGACUGGGUGCUGGUGGAGUCAUUUCGAUGGGUAUGAUCAUCUGCAGUGAUCUCGUCCGCCUUGAAUACAGAGGAAUCUACCAGUCAUAUAUCAAUCUUGCUUUAGGUCUUGGCGGAUGUUCUGGCCUUGCCUUCGGAGGUUUUCUCUGUGACCAAGUUGGUUGGCGAGGUGCCUUCGUUGUGCAACUUCCAUUCAUCUUCGUGUACAUGCUCGUAGCUGCAUGGACGACCCCUUCCGACCUGGGUUUGAAAAAGGUGGAUGGCGAGAGGGCGACUAUCCGACAAUUGAUCCGCCGUAUCGAUCUAACAGGCUCAUUUAUCCUAGUAUUAGGAGUGACCAUCCUGAUUAUGGGCCUCAACCUAGGCUAUGGACGUUACUUUGUCGUAUCAUCCAUUAUUAUAUUCUUCAUUCUGGCUAUUAUCUUCGUGAGAUAUGAACGCCAUGUUGAACGCCCAGUGAUGCCUGUAUCACUCCUGUCGAGAGACCCACGUGCGAGCUUGAUAUACGGUAAUUUCUUGGGCUCCAUGUCCAUCAACACGAUUAUCUUCAACGCCCCCCUUUUCUUCCGAGCGGUUAAGCUCGUAUCGCCCACUGAAUCCGGUCUGCGAUUGGUAGCAGCAACGGCUACUGUAACCUGUGCGAGUGUCAGUACCGGAUUCUUGAUUACAUGGAGCAAGCGUCUUAAGCCCACUGUGAUCCUCGGGAGUGCAUUGCUGCUCGCAGGAGGCUUAGCUGCAAGCUCAAUGAAUGUUGCCACUCCGGACUGGCUGACAAUGAUCUGUGUUUCCAUAUCAAGUUGUGGACAGGGACUUUCCUUCCCAUCUAUCACCGUUUCCAUCCUGGCCGUAAGUGAUCAGGAUGAACAAGCAGUUGCUACCACAACUCUUGGUCUCUGGAGGAAUCUGGGAUCCGUCAUGGGCGUUGCUAUCAGCAGUUGGAUCUUCCAGAACAUGCUUUACUUCCGGCUCGAGAAACUGGUCACUGGGCCAGAAAAGGAGAAUAUUAUCCGACUUGUGCGCAAGUCUGUCCAGUCUAUCGCAGACUUGGAUUCUGUGCAUCAGAAACAAGUUGUGACCGCCUAUGGUGCCGCCCUGCACGUAACGUUUCUCUCCGCAGCCGUAUUCGGAGGUCUCAUGCUUCUCCUUCUCCUUCGCAUCCGGCUCCCACGUCUUGGGCGCAAGGAAUAGAGCAGUGGUCAGGCCUGGCCUAAAAUACUACGCUGUAUGGACCGUGCGAUAUUUAUACUCCUUUGGGAAUUUCGUCUUCCAG